AUGGAUGGAGAUGGAAACGAUGUUCUGAUUCAAGAAGAAGAAACAGAAACCGAGAGCGGGACCGAAGACAGUCAAAGUGAAGAUGCCCACGAGGAAUCCUCAAGCGAAGCCACGCAAAAUUGCCACUUCCAUGCUGGCGUCGAACACUGUGUGAGUGCAGGUGCAUCAGAGGAACAGAGUACUCCGUCGUGUGGUAUUCAAGCAAGAGACUACGACAUCCCCCUAAGAAUUGGCACAUUAUUUGUUGUCCUUGUCACCAGUUCAAUUGGUGUCUUUGCCCCUAUUCUCCUGAUGAAACUUCCAUUUGCCUCUAUCAAUGGGGUGGUCGCGACCGUCAUCAAACAAUUCGGAACUGGCAUCAUCAUCGCCACAGGUUUCAUUCAUCUUUAUACACAUGCAAACCUUAUGUUUACCAACGAGUGUUUGGGAGAACUUGAGUACGAAGCGACUACCUCCGCCGUAGUCGUGGCGGGUAUCUUCAUUGCUUUCUUGCUGGAAUUCAUUGGCCACAGGAUUAUCGUUGCUCGCAACAGCAAAAAUAGCCCCGCAGAAGCCAUACCGUCCGAGUCCGAAUCUCAGCAAACACAACAGAAGGGACAGCAUGACCACUCUUCGGACCAACAGCAACAGCCCACGGUGGCUUGCCUUGGGCAUAGCCACGGCUCAUUCGAUCUUACCGGACCCAACAGCAAGUUUUCGGUCAUGGUCAUGGAGGCGGGUAUACUUUUCCACAGUAUCUUGAUCGGCCUCACUCUGGUUGUUGCUGGCGACUCAUUCUACAAGACUCUUCUGGUGGUGAUUGUGUUCCAUCAAUUCUUCGAAGGUUUGGCACUCGGUGCUCGUAUUGCAGUGCUACCGGGAGCUGUAUUCCCUUCCAAAGCGUCUAUGGCGGCAGCAUUUGCCUUGAUCACACCCAUUGGUAUGGCUAUUGGGCUUGGUGUUCUUCACACCUUCAAUGGUAACUCGAGGGGCACUUUGAUUGCACUAGGAACAUUAGACGCUCUGUCUGCUGGUAUCCUGGUGUGGGUUGGUGUCGUCGAUAUGUGGGCGCGUGACUGGGUCAUUGAGGGAGGUGAAAUGUUGGAUGCGAAAUUGAGAAAAGUUUUGACCGGUGGUAUUUCCUUAGUCAGCGGGCUAGUUUUGAUGGGAUUGCUAGGAAAAUGGGCCUGA